UCAAUCUUGAAUAGAGUUUUACAGGAGAGUUUGUAGGCAAUCUCUGCCUAGCGAAUGAAUUAUUUUUAUUUUUCGCCUGAGUGAAAGUUUGAACUCGGAAUUUAGGUUUUAGCCGAAGCCCAAAAGUCAAAUACUUUUAAUGGCAAAAAAUUAGAGAUCAACCCAAAAAAGGGCAUUACUGCGAAUUCCUUAUGAAAUGGCUAGUGGAUUCGGUGGCAAUACUCCUUAUAAGUGUACUAAGAGCCUGUUUGGGUUGACCUAUAGUGUUACAAUUCCAGCAUUUUCCUAAUUUUGCCCACUAAUCAAACGACUUUACAUUUCGAGUUCCCAUUUUACCCCUUAGACGCAUUUCUUUUCUGAGUCUAAAACCCUCUGUUUCGCUCCACUAAGAAGUCCUAAUUAGUGUAAUCUUCAGUACAAGACUGAUGAUGGAAGAGAGCCACAUGCAUAAAAGAAUUGCUGUUACUGCAGCAGUGGAUGUAAUUGCUGGAAAUGCUGACCUUUUAUCUGAAAUUCUACUUUGUUUGCCUGCAAGAUCUCUCAUCAGGUUCACUGUAGUAUGCAAGCCUUGGUGCUCAAUCAUUACCAAUAUGCAAUUUAGGCUUAGUCACUGUCGUACUCUUGCAUCUUCCAAUGCUCUCCCCCCUUCGGGGAUCUACUUCUACGAUUGUCUAACCAAUCUCCAAAAGAUUGAAUCUCUUCCACUCAUUGAUAAUGUAACUGGCCUCCCUCCUAUUCAAUUCCUUGACAAAAUGGCUCCAAAAAUAGGAGAUACAGUCAAGAUUACUCAAGUCAAGGUUACACAAUCUUGCAAGGGCCUGUUAAUGUGCAUAUUCACCGCGAGAACUGGUGUAGGUAACCGUAAUAUCAAACUAGGUGUUGUUUACAAUCCUGCUAUUAAGGAGUAUCGUCCAUUGCCGAACCCCUAUGACAAGUAUUAUGAAUAUGUCUCUUAUAAUCUGAUAUAUGAUCCUUCAGAACCACCCUAUUACAAAGCUUUGUGUGUUACUCGUUUGAGUUGGGAUUCUGAAAUCGAUGUGAGUGUGUAUGUGCCAGGGAGUGAGUCAUGGAGAUAUUGUUGUCGUUCCUCUGCACCCUAAUUCAUGCGUUUCGACAGUGGAAUAUUUUGGAAUGGUGCAAUUCACUGGGUUGGUGAUUACUUCUCCAUUUCCUUUGAUGCUAGUUCAGAGGAAGUCGCACAUAUAAAAAUGCCACCAAGCCUUCAGGUAGGUUUUUCCUACAACAAGAUGAGGUAUUUUGGGGAAUGGGGUGGCCAUUUGCAUCUUAUUCAGGUUCGGAGCCUAUAUGCCAAGAAAUUCGAUGUGCUCGAAUUAGACAAAGAUACCCGCAAGUGGUCAGUAAAGUAUCGUGUUCAUCUUGCUCGGUUAAUUUCUGCAUUUCCUGAGAUGGUUCAGCAGACAUCUGGCAUACAAUAUGCAUUUUCCAUCUUGUCUGUGAUUCGAGGAGAGAAUGAAGAAGAUUCAGUCCUGCUGCUAACUAUUCCCGGGAAGGUGGUCGCCUACAACUUAGUGCUUAAAACUGCUAGCGUAGUCCGCGAGUUGUCUGGUGAAGUAGGUGAUACCCUACGCUUUAAUAUUGUUAGUAUCAGUAUUCUGAAAGUUUGGCUCCGGUUGAAGAGUGGACUAUUUGUCCAAAAUAGGUCUCUUAUGAGCAGCUUUAAAGGACUUCUUAUCGCUCUUCUGAAUUUCUACUGGAAAAGGUUUACAUCAAGUGGAGACUUCUUUGAAAAUUAAAUAUCAAAUCCUAGCUUUUGUACUUUUUUGGGUAUUCAGUACAAAUUUUGAUAGAACCUUUACUGAAACAUGAUUUCAAUGGUUCAUCUUUACAUACUGA